CCCUUUCUUAAGCGGACGAUUGAACUUGAGGUCACAAUGAAUCAGCUGCUCCGUCUUGGCAAUCUGAGGUACUUAGGCACGGUACCUGCUUUAAGAAUAUGCCUCUCUACAUAUCCAGUACUUCACUGUACGAAGCAGUAUUCAGCACAUCUGUUUAAACCAGGAUCUAAGUGGAGAUGGAGGUCUUUUUCUGUUGCUAACUAUUCCAGUGGUCAUUCCAAUGGUGAUCCAUCUCAGAAUAACCCCAACAGGAUUGAUAAUUAUUCAUUAAUCGCAAGUGGUGUCUCAUGUAUCUGUAUGUUAAUUGCGUGGUGGUUACUUGUCAAUGUACCUAAUAUACCUCAAGUAACUUUUCAAGUACUUGCAUCCAUGUUGGAAAAAGGUGAAGUCCAAAGAAUACAAAUAACGUCUUCUGGCAACGUGUUUGUACUUCCUUAUCAAAACGGCCAAUCGCCUUUGGUUCUGAAGCACUCAACAUCUGUAAAUGAGUUCGUGGAAAAUGUACGAUCCUUAGAGGAUGUGUGGGGCAUCGAAGAACAUGAUCGCAUCCCUAUCCAGAUGUCUGAUUUGCCUUUAAACACGUUCAUGCAAAGAUGGUGUUUAAAAUUAAGCUCUGGUCUUUUAUUAAUAUCCUCUGGAUUGCUUAUAUUUGUAUGUAGAAGAGUGUUUUUCUCAAAGAAUAACUUAGAAAGAACAACGAAUCGUAAUAUUUCAUACAAGUCCACGGAUAUUCCGAAGCAUCAUGAUGACACUAAACGAUCAAAAAUCUCUGGUACAGGUUUUGAUUCUGAAAAUGAACGAUUUCCUUUUCGUCCACCCUUUAACUGGGACCCUGUUACUGGUUUCAAUACAAUCAGACCUACAACAUCCACUGUAAAAUUUAAGGACGUCGCUGGUCUUCAUGCCUGUAAACAAGAAGUCAUGGAGUUUGUUUCUUAUCUAAAAAAUCCUCAAAAGUAUCAAGCAUUAGGUGCCAAGUUACCAAAAGGGGCACUCCUACUUGGUCCACCGGGAACUGGAAAAACCUUACUCGUUAAAGCAUUGGCCAAUGAAGCUGAAGUACCAUUCUUUUCAAUGGCUGGACCACAAUUUGUAGAGAUUGUUGGUGGACUUGGUGCUCUUCGAUUGAGACAGCUUUUCAAAGUAGCUCGUUCUUAUUCACCAGCUAUAAUAUUCAUAGAUGAGCUUGAUUCUCUUGGUCGACGUCGUGAUUCUGCCAGUCAUGGAAGCGGUGGUGGUGGUGCAUCUGAGAUGGAACAAACAUUGAAUCAACUACUUGUAGAAAUGGAUGGAAUGGAUACAACUGAAGGCGUGAUUGUAUUUGGAGCAACAAAUCGAGCUGAUAUGUUAGAUAAAGCUCUAUUACGUGCAGGACGAUUUGAUAGGCAUAUUUUUAUUAAUUUACCAAAUCUAGCUGAACGCAAAGAAAUAUUUGCUGUAUAUAUCGAUAAAUAUCGACUUGCUCCUGAUGUUGUACAAAAUGAACUCAUAGAACGUCUAUCGGGCUGGUGUCCUGGAAUGUCUGGAGCUGAUAUUGCACGUCUAUGCAAUGAAGCUGCUUUGCAUGCUGCUCGAAGAGAUGACAAAGUUAUCGGUGUUACUAAAGCUGAUUUCGAAGCAGCAUUUGAAAAAAUAGUAGCAGGCGCUGCAAAACGUUCCAACCCACUUACGGUUAGUGAACGUCACAUGUCUGCUGUGCAUGAGUCUGGUAGGGCUCUUGUAGCAUGGCUUCUUCCAGAUAGUGGAUUACUACCCGUAAAAGUUUCAAUUAUACCACGUACAGUUUCUGGUCCAGAUACUGUUGGAGAUCUGGGUUUUACGCAAUUAAUAUCAGAAGAAAAACAUCUACUUAAUACUGAUGAUCUAGCUGAUCGUAUGUCUGUAUUACUGGGUGGUAGAGCAGCUGAACAUGUCGUAUUUAAUGCAAUUUCAGACGUUUCACAAAAGUAUCUACGUGAAGCUAGUAAAUUAGCAAUGAAGCAAGUACGUCAAUUUGGGAUGUCUAAGAUUAUUGGUAAUCUCAGUUUUGAUGAUGAAUCGUCCAGUGGGAAGUUCUCUGUGAAGCCGUUCUGUCAAAAAACUGAAUCUCUUAUGGAACUAGAAUCUAAUCAACUUGUAUCCUCAGCAUUUUCUCGUUCUGUGAAAAUGUUAGAAGAGAAUAAGAACAAACUAUUAGUACUUAUUGAUGCUCUUGUAAAAAAUGAGGUUCUCAGUUACGAUGACCUGACAAAACUGUUAGGUGACAAUCAAAGUCCAACAAAAAUUAAACCUCGAUUAUGAUGUAUUUUUAUUUUAUUUCUUUUAAUUUUCAUUGUCAUAUUUUGUGUAUAUAAUAAUCAUAGUAAUACAUUUUGCAAAUCAUAUCAAUAACGUAACUCUAGAAUCCGUUAAAGUAUUCUAACUUAACAAUCAGUCUAUAUAUACAUAAGUG